UAAUUAAAAGUGAUAUACAUUUCAACUGAUUAAUUUAUCCACUUGAUACAUUUUAGAAUUUUAGAUUAUGCCCAAAACUCUUUUUUCAAAAUUUAAAUCAAAAGUUAUCAUGGCAUUUUAGACUAAGGUCUAAGGUGAACUGGAAAUGGCCAAAUCAUAAUAUGGGAAAAAUAAUCCAAAGGUUCAUAUCAACUUUAUCAUCCUUUUCAGAAGUUCACAACACAAUCAAACAGUUGGUUGUGAAGGGGAAAUAUGAUCAAGCCCUUGAGCUCUACACUGCAAAAGUUCACUGUUCUGAUGCAAGUAGUACCUUCCUUCUUCCUUCAAUCAUCAAAGCUUGUGUUCAUGAUCAAUUAUUUGGUCUUCAGCUUCAUAGCUAUGUCCUCAAAAAUGGGUAUUCUUCAGAAUGUGCAAUAUCUAAUUCUCUUAUAUCAAUGUAUGCGAAAUUCUUCGAAACAAAAGCUGCGUACCAACUGUUUGAUACAAUGCCGGAAAGAGAUAUCAUCUCGUGGAAUUCAAUGAUAAAUUGCUAUUAUAUGAAUGGAUAUUUGUUAGAAUCAUUGAAGUUGUUUAAGGAGAUGUAUAAUGUACAGGGUUUUGUGCCAAAACCUGAGUUAAUAGCUAGCGUUAUAUCUGCUUGUAUUCAGAUCAAGAAUUUAAAACUAGGAAGAGCUAUCCAUGCUCUUACAGUAGUUGAUGAAAGAAUGGAAACUUCGAUUUUCUUGACAACUGCUUUGGUUGAUUUUUAUUGGAAAUGUUGUGAGCCAGAUUUGGCUUUUCUUGUUUUUCAGAGAAUGGAAGUGAAAAAUGAAGUCUCCUGGACUGCCAUGAUAUCUGGAUGCAUAGCUGAGGAGUUGUAUGCCAGAGCGGUUGAGUUAUUUCGUUCAAUGCAGUUGGAAAAUGUUAAACCAAAUAGAGUUACAUUGACUAGUAUAUUACCAGCUUGUGCUGAGUUGAAGUAUGGAAAAGAGAUACAUGGAUAUGCAUUUCGCCAUGGGUUUGACUUGGAUACUAAAUUUUCAUCUGCUAUUGUACACAUGUAUUCUGGAUGUGGGGAAGCAUUGCAGCCAAUGAAGAAUGUAUUUGAUCGGUCAACUAACAAAGAUGUGGUAAUGUGGACUGCUCUCAUAACGAGCUAUACUCGAAAUAAAUCUAGUUGUGAAGAAGCUAUAAAGCUUUUCAAUGAGAUGCUGCUGAGUGGAAUUCAACCAAAUGAUGUUACUUUAUUAGCACUAAUUUCUGCUUCUACUAAUCUAUUAUCGGUAUGCCAUGGGCGAGGAAUGCAUGGCUAUGCUUUUACAAGUGGUCUUAGUUCACAUUUGUUCAUUGGUAACUCCCUCAUAAACAUGUACUCAAAAUGUGGUUUUCUGAAGGACUCUGCUCAAGUUUUCCAAGAGAUGUCUAUAAGAAAUUCUGCAUCAUGGAGUGCCUUAAUCAAUGCUUAUGGGACUCAUGGUUUUGGAAAUAAGGCGUUGGAACUGUUUAAUGAAAUGAAAGAGAGUGGGAUAAAGACUGAUUCAAUUGCAUUACUUGCUAUUCUAUCAGCAUGUAAUCACUGCGGUCUUUUUGAGGAAGCAAAGAAGAUCUUUAAUGAAGCAUCAAAGGAUAGAAGUUGCUCAAUUACUGUGGAGCUCUAUGCUUGCUACAUUGAUCUCCUGGGAAGGGCAGGUAAGCUAGAAGAUGCCAGUGAGGUCAUUAGCAGAAUGCCUAUUAAACCUACCAACAGAGUUUGGAGCUCCCUGAUUUCUUCUUGUAAAUUACAUGGAAGACUUGAAGUUGCAGAGCGUUUGGCUCAUAGACUUACCAAAUCUGAACCUGAAAAUGCUGCUAAUUAUGCUUUGUUAAGCUUGGUAUAUGCUGAAUCUGAAAACUGGCCUGGGGUGGAAGAUGUAAGGCGAGAAAUGAGAGAAAGAAAACUGAGAAAAAGCUACGGGUUCAGCAGAAUUGAGCUACAUGACUAGAUUUUGUAAUCCUUCUGUGCACAUAACUCUAAGAUGGAUAAUUAUUCUUCCUUUGUCCCAUGGCAUUCACUGGAAGGGAAGAAUAUUGAGAAAUGGCUAAAACUUGUGAUAGUUCGUGGGAUAGGUGCCAAUUGGGGCACUCAAUCAAUACACAAUCUGCCUCCUGAUAUAGCUGAGGAAUGGGUGUCCAACAACAUAUCUUUCCAUCUUUCUGAUAACAAUGUGAACAUCAGGUAUGUUGCUGUUGGAAAUGAGCCUUUCUUGGCAACAUAUAAUGGAAGUUUCCUAAGCUCUACAAAAUGUCCAAGCUGCACUUGUAAAAGCUGGCCAUGGUAAUCAAGUAAAGGUGACUGUCCCCCCUCAAUGCCGAUGUUUAUGAGAGUUCUAGUAGCUUGCCAUUAGUUCCAGCUAGUAAUGUGAAGAAUUUGGAAAAUAAAUGGUGUGUGCUCAAGCCAGAUGCUAAACUUGACGACCCUGACGUUGCGCCUAGUGUGAGUUGUGCAAGCACGUGGUAAUUGCACAAGCCUUGGAUACAAGACAUCGUGUGGAGGCCUGGAUGCAAGAGAAAACAUUUCAUAUGCAUUCAAUAGUUACUGUCAGAUUAAACAAUCAGGUUGAUGAGGCUUGCAAGUUCUCAGGGCUUGGGACAAUCACAAAGUCGGAUUCAAUAGUUGCAGGUUUGGUAUCAUGAUCGAACCAUACUAUGGAGGCGCAGAACUAAAAAUUGGCUGUACAAGGUUGGCAGUGGCUCUGAUUCUCUUGCUAUGUUGGACAAUUUUGUGAUGUUAAUUUGUAUAUAUCGACUUUGACACUUAGUAAAGUAUUUUUACACCAUUAGUGUAUAAUGUACUUAAAGAGGUUAUAGCAAGCUAAUUAUUUUUACACAUGUACUUAAGACUGUUGUGCAAAAACUCAACUA